AUGAAUCAAACACUUCUAUUAUCCGAACAAAUAUUUAAUAAGAACAGUGAACGAGGGAUAUUCUUAGAACCAUAUUUAUACAAUUGGGAUACAAUCAAUUAUGGUGAUGAUACAUCGCUGUCAUUAUUAACAGGUGGGAGUGGGAAUGGUGGACUAUCAUCAUUAUCACAAUCAUCAGUUCAAACGGCAACAUCGUCGCAAACCAGUUCUUCAACAACCGAACAAUUAUUUUUCGAAAAUAAUAAUUAUUAUAACGGUGCUAAUAAUAUAGUGAAUAAUAACGUAACAAUAACAAAUAUUAAUGUCGAACAAAUUAACAAUAAUACAUUAUCACAAACAAUAUUCAAUUGGACAUUAUUUAAUUUGACAAUAAAAGAUAAUCCAGAUGAUUAUCAUGAUUUAAUAACAAAUGAUAAUACUGAAGAGUUUACAUUAUGGAAUCAAUGGCGUGAAUUAUCACAAGAUAAAGCAGCAUUAGUAUUUUUUUUAUUUUUAUUUUCAUUUGCAACCGUUUUUGGUAAUACAUUAGUUAUAUUAGCGGUAAUACGAGAACGUUAUUUACAUACGGCCACAAAUUAUUUUGUAACGUCGUUAGCGGUGGCUGAUUGUUUGGUAGGUUUAGUUGUAAUGCCAUUUAGUGCUCUGUAUGAAGUUUUAGAACAUACGUGGUUCUUUGGAACUGAUUGGUGUGAUAUAUGGCGAUCAUUAGAUGUUCUUUUUAGUACAGCGUCAAUUUUAAAUUUAUGUGUCAUAUCAUUAGAUCGAUAUUGGGCCAUAACGGAUCCUUUUACAUACCCCACUCGAAUGAGUCGAAAACGAGCUGCAAUGUGGAUUGCAGUUGUUUGGAUAUGUUCGAGUGCUAUCUCAUUUCCAGCUAUUUUAUGGUGGCGUGCGGUUCGUAUUGAAGAAGUACCGGAGUUUAAAUGCCCGUUUACUGAACAUUUAGGCUAUUUAAUAUUUUCAUCUACAAUUUCCUUCUAUUUACCACUUUUUGUAAUGGUUUUCACAUAUUAUAAAAUAUAUCGAGCGGCAGUUGUACAAACACGUAGUUUAAAAUUGGGAACCAAACAAGUAAUGAUGGGUUCUGGUGAAUUAGAAUUAACAUUACGGAUACAUAGAGGUGGGACGACACGAAUACCACAAGCACGUAUUUUAGAUCCACAAGAACGACGUGGUACUGGAGAUUUUCGAGAAAAUAAUUCAUCGACACCCACUGAAGAUGAACCAUUAACUGCUGCAUUACAUAAUAAUGGAUUAUCACGUAUGGCCGGUGGACGUGUUAAUAGUUCGAAUGUUGUGAAUGCUACACCGGGCCAAAAGAAUUUUUCAUUAAGUAGAAAAUUAGCGAAAUUUGCUAAAGAGAAAAAAGCUGCAAAAACUUUAGGUAUUGUUAUGGGUGUUUUUAUUGUGUGUUGGUUACCAUUUUUUGUUGUAAAUUUAUUAUCUGGAUUUUGUUUACAAUGUAUAUAUCAUGAAGAAUUAGUGUCAGCAGUGGUUACAUGGUUAGGUUGGAUAAAUUCUAGUAUGAAUCCAGUCAUUUAUGCAUGUUGGAGUCGAGAUUUUCGAAGGUAA